AUGAGCAAGCGCGGCCUGCUAGCCUCCACCCUAUAUAAUAACUCGAUGGGUACGGUUCUCGAUCAGCUGAUGGAAACCGCUGAUGAUAUUUCCUUCAACCUCUUCGAUGUUGUUCCCACGUGCUUUGAGGCUGCUACCGGCAACAAAGAAUCAUCGGGCGAGAAGUUUCACGAAGUCCUGGUCCAGAAUCACUUCUAG